AUGACUUCACCCGUCAUCAUCGGUUGGGCCAUGUUUUGCGACCCGGCCGCUCUGUGGAUGCGACGCUGGUCGAGGUCUACUGAGCCCACGCACACUAAGUGCGCCGAGCCUGACGUCACCCCCGGUGAAGAUCUUGACCGUUCUACAUGGGCCGACGAGAACCCUUCAACUGUCGUCAGCCCACUUCCAGUCUCUGCCAACUGGCAGAUUGUAUUUCAAUGGGAGGAGAAGGACACACUCGAAUCCAGUCCGUUGGCAACUUCGAAGAGGUUUGGCCGGAAGCAGCCUGAGACAUACGCAGGAGAGUCAUGGUUCAUAAACACUAACGGCUUUGUCUUGGUCAACAGCUCACCUAGAUACUAUUAUUAG